UAUCUGUGUGAAAUUUCUGUGUAGUAUACCUUUAAUUGCAAAGUUACCUCCCUUCUCGAAGAAAUUUAGGUACAUGCAAAGUUAAUUCCCUUUUAUAAAUAUAUGCCAUUUGAUCUGAUUGUUUCUACUUGCACAAUGUCGAGUUCAGGUCCACAUCUAAAUGAAAUCUUGAAGGGAGUAUCCUGGUUGUUAGGCAAAUGGAAAUCAGAGAAUGGCCACGGAUCUUACCCUACACUGAACGAUUUCAAGUAUGGUGAGGAAAUAGAGUUUACGCAUGUAGGCCAACCAAAUUUGCAGUUUAGCUGUUAUUCUUGGCACCUUGAGACAAAGAAACCUUUACACAGGGAACUUGGCUUUGUAAGGGUGCAGCCAAACACUAAUAAAGUUGCCCUAAUUAUUGCUCAGAAUUUAGGAGUUUGUGAGUUGGAGGAAGGAGAAGUUAAUGGCCAAGAGAUGACAACAAUUUCACAUACAUUGGGUAGACUCACUUUUGGAAAGGAUCCAGCUACCAAAGUGAUCAAAAGAACAUUCCGCCGAGAAGGUGAUACACUACAGCAACUUGUUGAAAUGGAAACAGACAAAACUCCCAUGACAGAACAUUUGAGAAUAACAUAUCAGAAAAUUGACUAGAAACCUCUAGAGAGUUAACUCUUCACUUCUGUUGUGUUUUUGAAAGGGAAAUACUGUUUACAUAUAACAUACAGUAUUAACAAUGGCAGCCUGACAAAACCCUUCCCAUAUAAAACCCCUCCUCCUGAUUUUGUAACAAAACCCCUUCCAUCAAAAUUUCAAGGUGAAAAAACCCCCAAAAAACAGCUUCCCCUGUAAAUUCCAGGGAGAUAAUAGACAAAAUCAUUGGAGGGGAAGGGCAAAGUGGGAGUGGUUUUGUCACAGUUAUAUCACAGGAGCAUGUUAUGUAGACAUUACCCUUUUGAAUGAGUGAUUUUUAUCUGUCAGUUCCUGCAAUUUUAAACCUUUCCUUUGAAAAUUAAAAUGUUGACAAUUUUGUCAGAAUUCUUUCAGAAUCUGUUAUUCAGCAUUAGAAUACAGUUACUACAUAUUUCAUAUAAAAGUAUGUAAUAACUAUUUAUAUUGAUAGUUUGAUAAUGCCAUUAAAAAUGCAAGUUCUGAAUAACCUUUACUUUACCUAUUGAUGCUUUGUAGUUGUUGUACAAGAAAUCUCCCAUCCCCAUUGUAAAUAAUAAGACCAUUGAAAAUUUGCAUCACUAAGAAAGGCAGUUGCAAGUUCAUUUGCAUCGUCAAUGACGUGCCAGAAUUUUUUGUUAGAUAUUUGAGAAUAUUGUGUGCUAAAAUGUACAGAUAUGUGCGUCAAGGAAAACGCUCGGGCAGCACAACAAUUCAUCUCCAUUGUAAAUGGUACAUCUGGUGAAUACAAUAAUUACAGACAGUCAGCAUUCACAAGUUGUAUCAUUUACUUUGGUGGUGCAAGAAACUUAUGUUUUAAUGGCUUUAUGCAUCUAUAUUUUUGAUUCAAAUUGAAAACAUUUUCUUUUGUAGUAUAUAAUUAUGUAAAAUGAGUUGUGAUAAAUUAUUUUUAUAAAUAAUAAAAACAUUUAUCAAGUCUUA